AUGGCGACGGCCCGCUUGGCCGGGGCCCUGAGGGCCACCGCAGCGGGAGGCGGGGGACUGCGAGGCCCCCGCAGCGCCGGGGACCCCCGGAGGCUGAGCGGCAGCGCGCGGCGGCGGGCGGCCCGGGGCGCCAGCCCGGGACGGAGGCUCAGCACCGCCCGGGCCCCGGCUCAGCCCGCUCCCGACGAGGCCGAGGGCGCGGAGGACGGCGGCCCCUCGCGCGCCGUCCAGGAGCCGUCGUGGACGCCGCCGCGCGCGCCCGCGGUGUCCCCGGAGUCCCCCGGGCCGGCGGGCGGCCGCUCGCUCGUGCAGAGGGACAUCCAGGCCUUCCUGACCCAGUGCGGGGCCAGUCCCGGGGAGGCGCGCCACUGGCUGACGCAGUUCCAGGCCGGCCACCACCCCUCCGACAAGCCCUUCGCCGUCAUCGAGGUUGAGGAAGAGGUGCUCCUGCGCCCAGAGGCCGUGUCCACCCUGGCCUUCGCGCUGGCCUUCCUGCAGCGCAUGGACAUGAAGCCGCUGGUGGUGCUGGGGCUGCCCACGCCCACGGCCCCCUCGGGCUCUCUUUCCUUCUGGGAGGCCAAGGCGCAGCUGGCCCAGAACUGCAAGGUGCUGGUGGACGCCCUGCGGCACAACGCCGCCCCUGCCGUGCCCUUUUUUGGCGGGGGGUCAGUGCUGAGUGCAGCUGAGCCAGCCCCGCACGCCAGCUACGGCGGCGUGGUCUCCGUGGAGACCGACCUGCUGCAGUGGUGCCUGGAGUCGGGCAGCAUCCCCAUCCUGUGCCCCAUCGGGGAGACGACCGCGCGCCGCUCGGUGCUCCUCGACUCGCUGGAGGUGACAGCGUCGCUGGCUAAGGCGCUGCAGCCCACCAAAGUCAUCUUCCUCAAUACUAGCGGCGGCCUGCGGGACAGCAGUCACACGGUCCUUAGUAAAGUGAACUUGCCGGGUGAUCUGGACCUGGUGACCAAUGCCGAGUGGAUGAGCACCAAGGAACGGCAGCAGAUACGGCUCAUCGUGGACGUACUCAGCCGCAUGCCCCACCACGCCUCUGCCGUCAUCACCGAUGCCAGCUCGCUGCUCACUGAGCUCUUCAGCAACAAGGGCCGGGGGACCCUGUUCAAGAACGCCGAGCGGAUGCUGCGAGUGCGCAGCCUGGACAGCCUGGACCAGCGCCGCCUGGUGACCCUGGUGAACACCAGCUUUGGCAAGAGGCUCCGUGACGACUACCUGGCGUCCCUGCGCCCGCGGCUGCAUUCCAUCUACUUCUCUGAGGGGUACAACGCGGCCGCCAUCCUGACCAUGGAGCCCGUCCUGGGGGGCACCCCGUAUCUGGACAAGUUUGUGGUGAGCUCCAGUCGCCAAGGCCAAGGCUCCGGGCAGAUGCUGUGGGAAUGCCUGCGCCGGGACCUGCAGACGCUUUUCUGGCGCUCCCGGGUCACCAACCCCAUCAACCCGUGGUACUUCAAGCACAGCGAUGGCAGCUUCUCCAACAAGCAGUGGAUCUUCUUCUGGUUUGGCCUGGCCGACAUCCGGGACUCCUAUGAGCUGGUGAACCAUGCCAAAGGGCUGCCGGACUCCUUCUGCAAGCCAGCUUCUGACCCAGGCAGCUGACCCUCGCCACCAGCCAGCCGGGGCGGACUGCAGGCGACCCCAGGCUAGACGGAGUGAUCUGGAGACAACCCUAUUCUAUAUUCUGCCCUGAGGCGGGCACUCAGACUGGGAAACCCAGUAGGCAGCGACCCCCCUCCCGCCGGACCCCACAUGUGUCCCAAAGCUAUGACUCUCCGCCUCAGCUGCCAGUCUAGGGAACUGGAGGCGGGCAGGGGCCUCAGAGCCAAACCUCAGGGGUCUCUGUGUGGCCCCAAGGCUCCCUCGCAGUCAGCUGGCUAUUCCACCUCUCCUUUGAUAAUCCCACGGGCUCUCACCGCCUUCCAGGGGGCCUUGAU